CAAAUCUCAACUUUCGUUUGACGGGCUGCAGGCCGUCAGGUCGACGGUGACGGGCCCGACACCGACAGACUGACGGUCAUGUGUGAACUGCGUUUCAUGCGCAUAGACGCCUUGGCCACUGAACCACUGAAACAUUAUGUAACACAGUAAGAGCUAAGGCUCUAUAUAUAAGCAACAUUUACUUUCAAAUGUCAGGUGGUGACAUUGUUUAAUUGGUUUUUUGUUUGCCAGACAUACUGGUUAUCCACCUACUCACCUGUCGUCGGCAGUUGGUUCGCGAUGGCGGCCGUCCUGAAGAAGCGCGCGCUGGCCGAGUACAGUCACUCGCAGACGGUGACGGCCGACCAGGAGUCGGCGGCCGGCCCGUCUGUGAAGAAGGUGCGCCUCACGCGCCGCUCCGAGCAGCCGUCCACUCAGGCCGAGGGCUACCUGCAGAUCCUGCAGCGCGCCAAGACCAGCCGCGAGUCGCUUCAGGCGCUCACCAGUCUGGCGGAGCUCAGCCCCGCGCAGGUGGAGGAUGUCGGCGGCGUGGUGCGCCGGCUGCUGGAGGUGUUCUCGCGCGACCAGGAAACGGCCGUGCGCUGUGCGGUACUGCGGCUCGUGCAGCAGCUGGUUUCGGCCGCCGGCGAGCGCGCCCACCUGGCCUCAGCCGCUGACGAGCUGACGGCGCUGCUGGAGCGAGAGACCUCCUCCUCCGUGGCCGGCCAGUGUCUGUCCGCGCUGAGCGAGCUGGGCGCUCUGUCGGGCGGCGAGGCGCGCCUGUCAGCCCGGCUGGUGGCCGCCGCCCGGCCGCGGCUCAGCCACGCCAGUCACCAGGUGGCGGCGCGCGCAGCGGCGCUCCUCGGCCGCCUGCUGCCCGUCAGCCCGCAGCCCACCGACGACCUGACGCAGCUCGGCGAGGCCACGCGCGCGCAGGACCCGCGGGUGCGCUGCGCGGCGCUCCAGGCGCUGCUGACACUGCAUGGCCGCGGUCUGUCGCUCGGCGGCCCGUUGUACGCCGACGCUGUCGCCGCGCUCCGGGACGACUACGAGAGUGUGCGCGAGGCGGGGCUGCAGCUGGUGCACGUGCUGGCGCAGACGGCGCCGGAGCGGCUGGUGCCGCUGGCAGAGUCAGACCAGACCGUCCGCUUGGUGGAUGACGCGUUUGGACACAUCUGUAACGCCAUCAACGACUUGAGCGUGCGUGUGCGCGUGCGUGCCGCCACGCUGCUCGGCUCGAUGACAGCUGUGUCGACCAAGUUCCUGGAGCAGACGCUCGACAAGAAGCUCAUGUCGAACAUGCGCCGCAAGCGUUCGGGCCACGAGCGGCUGCGCACGCUGGUAGUGCGCGGCGAGUGGUCCUCGGGCAAAAAGUGGGGCGACGACGCGCCCAAGGAGCAGCUGCAGGCGGACACGGUCAGCCUGAUGUCGUCGGGCGCGUGCGGCGCCUUCGUGCACGGCCUCGAGGACGAGUUUCUGGAGGUGCGCUCGGCGGCGCUGGAAUCGAUGACCGAACUGGCUACGCUGCACCCGCACUUUGCCGAGAUGAGCCUCGACUUCAUCGUGGACAUGUUCAACGACGAGAUCGCCGAGGUGCGCCUGCGCGCCGUGGACUCACUCUCACGGAUCGGCCAGAUGAUCACGCUGCGGGAGGACCAGCUGGACGAGAUCCUGGCCGUGCUGGAGGUGUACUCGAUCGACACGCGCGAGGGUCUGCACCGCAUGCUGGGCGACUGCCGGCUCGGGAACACCGACUCGCUCAAACUCUGCGUCGAAAAGCUGCUCAAGAACCUGAAGCGGUACCCGCAGGACAAGCGGAGCCUGUGGCGCUGCUUCCAGCGGAUGGGCGCGGCACACCCGGACCUGGUGCUGCCGCUGGUGCCCAGCCUGCUGCACAUCCACCCGUACUUCCAGCUGCCCGAGCAGGAUGUGCAGGACCCGGCCUACGUCUGUAUCCUGCUGCUGGUCAUGAACGCCGCCGCCGGCUCGCCCACCAUGAUGGCGCUGCUGGAUGACAACACGCGCCGGCACUUCCUCUACCUGCGCGACACGCUGCCAGGAAUGGUGCCCGACCGGCUGCCGGGACAGGCGGCCGCCGCCGCCGCCGCCGCGCCCUCACCCUCCACGCCCGCCGCCGCGCGCGACAACGCCGCCGAGUUCCUGCAGAGCGUGCUGCGGCGCGCCGCCGAGCCGGGCGCCGGGCGCGCCGCGCUGGAGCAGUGCCGCCGCGACCUGGACCGGCUGGCGCAGAUCGACUCUGCUCUGUCGGCGCGCGCCCAGUUCGCCUCCACCUACAUCCACUGCCAGCUGCUGAUGGCGCAGGUCACUGGUGACGCCAGCUGGCGGGCGGGCACGGCCGCCGGACCGGCGCGACUGCAGACCAGCGCCGACACGCUGACGGCGCUGACGCUGCGCCUGCAGCACCGGUUCAGCGGGCUGGAGGCCGACGAGUGGGCGGCCGUGCGCCAGCUGCGUCUGCGUCUGCUGGCGCUGCGUCUGGUGCUGCAGGUACGCGGUCGCACCGGCUCGGCGCUGGCGCUCGGUGAACACUUCCUGGAGCAGGCGCAGCAACUGGAACGGCACCUGGUGGACGGCGGACAGCCGCUGGACGCCUUCACAGAGGCGCUGGUGCGCGGCCUCGAGGCCCUCGAGGAGCGCAAGGCGGGCGCCAUGGCGCGUGUGCUGGCGCCGCUGCUGACGGAUAUUCCUGUGCCGCCGCUGAGACUGCGCUCGCCGCUCACCCAGGCGGAGGCGGUCAUCUUCGAACCGCGCCAGGAGACGGAGCACCCGCAGAAGUUCACCGCCGGACUGGUGCUGGGCAUCCCGCUCGACUGCGAGCUGCGACACGUAUCGGAUGUGAGUCAGGUGCGGCUGCGCGUGCAGUACCCGGACCAGCGGGCGCAGCUGGUUCUACCGCGCGCCACCGACUUCCGUCCGCUGGAUGAGCCGGCCUCGUACCGUCUGCGCACCACUGUCCUGGUCAGCCACCAGGUGUGGUCCGAGGACGGCGAGGUCGAGAUCUCCGUGGUGCUGGACGUCAAGGAGCCCGGCUGCAAGGUGCUGAGGCAGGAGGACUGGCUCAUCGCGCUCUGUGACGCCGUCAGGGUGGCCGUGCAGCCGCGCGCCGUGAGGAGGAACGUCAUUUGAGCGGGACGUGACGUGGACAGUGACGUCAAUUUGGACAGUGACGUGACGUUGGCGACUGCGUUGGUGGUGUUGCAGUGUCAUUAAGAACCGUCAGUGUGUUGAAGUGUGCUGUGUAAGGAGAUCAAGAUGUUCUAUGAACAGCGCCCCCUUCCACGCCGCGUGCAAAUGACGCAAGUGAGCGUUGACGAAGGUGUUCUCAGCGAACAGUGUGAGGACACGUCUGUGAUACCCUGCGGCUGCUACGGUACUGCUGGGCGGCGGUCUAUGAUGUGUAGGCAGACACCAGUUACCGUACGUCGGAUUAAAGGCUGACAAGUUCACAGCGGAAGUUGUGUGAUGUGAGAAUGAUACCAGCGGUGUCCGCUCCAUCGCACAAGGGCUGAGCUCUUUCAACCCAAUCGCCGUCGCUUCUCGCUGGUCAUGUAGAGUAAGAAAGCAGAUAACUCUUUUCUGCUGGUGGAGAUUGUGGUUACUUUGCCGCCGUGCUUGAAUUUACGUUCAAAUCUCAAAGCCGGACACAUAUUUUCAUGUUUAUUUGAUGAACCAUGAUGUACAUUUUGAAUGCAAAGGUGAAGCAAAUGUGAAUACAUUAAAUCAA